GGAACGUAUUUCCAUACAUAAUCAUAGCCAUGUCUGCCGACGAAAGUAAGACCGCAUCCACCACAGCCCCAGCUGCCGCUGCUGCCGCUCCAGCUGCUGUUCCAACCAGCAACAUUUUCUCUAUGUUUGGUGCUAAGAAGGAAAAGAAGGAAGAUGAAGAAGAAACCAAGAAAGAAGUAAAGGAAGAAAAGAAGGAAGAAUCUAAGGAAGCCAAGGAAGACGAAGGUGCCGAAGAAGAAGAAGCUGAAGUUCACUUUGAACCUCUUGUCCAAUUAGAAAAGGUUGAAGUUAAGACCAACGAAGAAGAUGAAGAAGUUCUUUACAAAGUCCGUGCCAAGUUAUUCAAGUACUUUGCCGAAUCUAAGGAAUGGAAGGAAAGAGGUACUGGUGACGUCAAGUUCUUGAAGCACAAGGAAACCGGUAAGGUCCGUAUCUUAAUGAGAAGAGACAAGACCUUGAAGGUUUGUGCUAACCACCUUAUUUCUUCCGACAUCGAAUUGAAGCCAAAUGUCGGUUCCGACAGAUCUUGGGUUUACACCGUCACAGCUGAUGUUUCUGAAGGUGAACCUGAAGCCGCUACCUUGGCUAUCCGUUUCGGUAGCAAGGAAAACGCCGAUAAGUUCAAGGAACAAUUCGAAUCUGCUACAAAAUAGGUUGAUAUGUAGCUAAUACACACAUAGGUAGUUCAUUA